UUCCAAGAUGGAGGAAGGAUGGCAUUUAGAUGCCUUCGACGACGGUUCAUUGAAACUCGUCGGCGAAGCGCAGUUGAAAAAAUACGGCCAAUUUUUGGAGGAAUACGCUUCACAGCUCAAGGCGAUCGAGGAUGCCUUGGACGACUCUGUUGGAGACUCGUGGGAUUUCAGUCUUGAUCCCAUUGCGUUGCAAACUCUGCCGUACGAGCAGUCAAGGAUGUUGGAACUCAUCAAGACAGAGAACAAGGUCUUUAACAAAGUGAUAAUGGUGUUUGCAUCUCUUUGUCGGGAAAUGGAUCAGCUGAAGCAUGAGGCCACAACAAAGUUCUUCACUCCUCUGCUGCUCUAUGAAGAAGCAGGAGCAGAUAAAGAACAGGUGCAAGAAGGAGACAAUCAAGUUCGUCUUGGAAGAAUGUUACCCCUGCUACAAGAUAUCUCCAGUUUUGUGACACGGGCAUAUGAGGUUGUCAAGAACGUGAUCCAGCAGUUAGCUUCAUUACAUUCAAAAGAGGGUCCUAAAGUGAUGGAUGUGACUGGAGUUCAUUUUACAACUGUUUUUGAACAUCUUGCUGGACUACUGGGAGUGCUGAUCACUUUGGAUGAGAUUAUGGAUGCCAGUCACACUCUGAAGGAACACUGGAAGCAAUACAGGAGAAUGUUAAAAUCAGUGCACAACAAUACUGCUUUGUUUGGGAUUGAAGAGGCAAAGCUUCGGCGACUUGAAAAACUUCUUAUGAGUUUGGAAGGACAGCUCCUUGAUGGUGUUAUUUUGCAGAACUGUAUUGAGCAGCCAUUUGAUGGUCAGUUUGUGAGAGUGGCCAGAAAUAAUGAAUUUGGGGAGGAAUUCCUGUUCAAUAUCAAAGUCAUCUUUCAAAGUCUUGAUACAAGAAUGAACGAGCCUCAUGAGGUUGAUCAGCGCCAUAAGAUUGUUGGUCUGCUCGGCUUGUUUAUCUUGCAACAUCAGAUAUACAAGGGCAUUGACAGAAGGUUCUUCAGCAAGUUUUGGGACAUUCAUAAAAAGGUCCCAGCUGUGCAUCUUGUUGGGGACAUUAUGUUCUUUCCAAAUGAAUUUCUCCUUCGAAGAAUUCCUCACCUCAGCAAGAUUGUGGACAAGAAACAGAGGCAAGCUGUGGAAUCUUCUAAGGAGCAGUAUUUGACGAACUGUAAUCAAAACUUGGUCAGAGAUGCACAGCUGUACCAGAUGCAAGUCAGUUCAUGGAUGGUUCACAUGGAGUCCAGUCUAAACAAGGGAGGCACCUUAGUCGAUGAUCUUAACACGCGAUGUGUUCUGUUUAUUAAGGGUGUCCUUAUAGCGCACACUGUGAGUCACUUGGUGCGCACUAUCAUGAAUCUGCAUCUGGUGUUAUCUAAACCGCUGACCAAGUCGUGUGUAAUGGCCUUGUGCAGGCUCACAGAGCUUUUAAAGGCCAUCGAGCACACGUUUCAUCGGCGCAGUAUGCUUAUAGCAGAAAGUGUCAACCACAUGAUCCAACAUUUGACGUUCAUGGCAUUAGCUUGUAUUGACACCGCUAAGAAACGUAUUGCAGCCGACAAGAAAUACACAGACAAACGACUUGACGUAUUGGCAGCGCUUGUCUUAGUGCAGAAUGCUCUUAAUGGUCCAGCCACAAAGGAGCGCAGACUUAUUGCCAUGUUAGGCCUUCAUGUGGGCGUUCAAAUGAAAUCUUUCAGAGAUGACGAGAUGGCCAGUUUAACCAGUGUAAUGAAGCGAAUUAACCUGGUCAGUGAUCUGAGAUCAAGAGUUAAAAAAGCUUGCGAUUGUGGAUUUCUUCAUUGGCAUAGGGUUGUGUUUCCAACGUACUUGACAGACUUGUAUGACAGUGCUACAGAUGUGCAUCGAAUUCAUUACAUGAUUAGCGCAUUGGGCGAUUGUGUUCCAGUCCUUCAGCGAGUGAAACACGAACCAUCACCGCAAGUCAUGCUGGAAUUAUUUGAGAAAGAAAUUGGUGACACACUACAUGAAAACUUGCUUCAACCACUGUGUCGUGACAUUGAAACAGAUCUACGACUUCACAUCCAUCAGCAUCUGCAGUUAGAUGACAGAAAUCCGUUCAAGGUUGGAAUGAGAGACCUUUCUCAGUUUUUGAAAAUGAGGCCGAUUAGAUUUUUUCAUCAGUUCAUCAACAUCAAACAACACGUGACUCAUUACCUUGAUGCGACAUUCUACAACUUGACUACAGUGGCCCUUCAUGACUGGAGGACGUACGGUGAGAUGAGAAACCAAGCCAAACAAAAGUACGGCCUGGAAAUGACUGAAGCUCACCUGCCCAGCCAGACUCUUGAACAGGGUCUGGACGUGUUGGAGAUCAUGCGGAACAUUCACGUGUUUGUUUCUCGAUAUCUUUACAACCUCAACAACCAGAUUUUUGUCGAGCUCGCAUCAAAUAACAAACAUUUGAACACUAUAAAUAUCCGUCAUAUUGCCAACUCCAUUCGCACGCACGGUUCGGGGAUUAUGAACACAACCGUGAAUUUUACUUAUCAGUUUCUGCGCAAGAAAUUCUUCAUCUUUUCCCAGUUCUUGUACGACGAGCACAUCAAGGCAAGACUUAUCAAGGACAUUCGCUUCUUCAAAGAGACGAAGGAACAGUCGGAUCAAAAAUACCCGUUUGAACGAGCCGAGAAGUUCAACAAGGGAAUCAGGAAACUUGGUUUGACUCCUGAGGGUCAAACAUAUCUGGAUCAGUUCAGAACCCUGAUCAGCCAGAUUGGGAAUGCAAUGGGCUAUGUUCGUAUGAUUCGCUCUGGAGGUCUCCAUUGCUGUAGUAAUGCAAUCAGAUUCGUUCCUGAUCUCGAAGACAUUGUGUCUUUUGAGGAACUGGUGAAAGAAGAGAACCUUUCAGAAGAAUCACAACAGGCGUCCAAAAACCUGGAUGCUGCAAUUAACGACUUGGCCAAGAAUUUCGCUGGUGCGACAGAGUACUUCAAGCUUCUCGUCGAUGUGUUCGCACCAGAAUUCAGGGACAGCAAAAACAUGCAUCUUAGAAACUUCUAUGUCAUCGUACCUCCUUUGACGCUGAACUUUGUGGAAUACAUGCUUAGUUGCAAGGAAAAGCUCACUAAGAAGAACAAAAUUGGAGCCUCUUUUACUGAUGAUGGCUUUGUAAUGGGGGUGGCGUAUAUCUUAAAGUUACUUGACCAGUACAAGGAGUUUGAUUCUCUUCACUGGUUCCAGUCGGUGCAGGAAAAAUACGAGAAAGAAAAGGCUGAAGUGAAGGUUUCACUGAGCCGUGGGAGUGCGCGAGACGAGAAACUACAGCAAACCAUGAAUCUAACAUUGAAACGACUAAAUACUUAUCAACAGGAGUUUGAACUUGUCUACUUCUCGCUGAACAGUGCAAGAAUCUUCUUCAGAGCAGACAAAACCGCCGACGAAGAAAAGGAAGAGAAAGAAAGCAAGGAGGCGUCCCCAGAAGGCCCCCCCUCAAAUGAGGAAGCUGCACCCCCCAGUCCCCCUGUCGACCCAACAGGAAGUUGAGUUGAGUUAGAGGCCCGAGGAAGUCACUUAAGAUCUAUCUCAAUGUGAUGAGGAAAAAACUUUGUUAUUACUCUUUUUCGGAAUGACAAUGAAAGGAAAAAAAUGUGUAGCAAGCGUAUUUUCUAGUGAGCCAGUACCAGGCCCUUGAUAAUGUCAAUAUUUAGAUUACGAGCAGUCCCUGCUUUUCGUCCACUCCCAGAGUUCGCGCGGCGCGCUUACAUAAAUUUUCUUUCAAGAAACUACAACAAGAAAAUAGAUUUAGUGUAGCUUCUGGUACAGUGAAUUUUUGAAGUUUUAAUUUUAGUUGUCCAUCCGUCAAUUUGAAUGAAACUAAGUGAAGAUAAAAGACAUCCCAGACCGCGAAAAAUGAUUUUUGACUUUUCACGUUUUUACAUUGUUCCUAAAUGAACGAAGGUAGGUACAGAUGAAUUAUAUGAAAAAUCGUAUUAAUGGUUUUUAUUGCAAUAGAAAACACUUUGUUUCUGUAAUA